CCUCUUUCACCCAUCAUAGUAGCAUACAGCCAGCCAAAACAUGGCACGGCUGCUCCCGCCGCCCGCAAUCAUCUCCCAGAGGAGAGUCGUAGUGACGGGACUGGGAGCUGUGACCCCGCUGGCGAACGGGAUGCAGGCGAGCUGGGAGAGGCUUCUCGAGGGCAAGUGCGGCAUUCGGCGGUUGAAGCCUUCGUCGCUAGGCUCCGACGGGCACAGCAGCCGUAAGCUAUCCGACAGGAUGACGACUUUCCCGACAUCCCUGGCUGGUGAGGUCGAUCGCGGAUUCGAGCGAGCGGGGCAGUUUCCAGGCCCGGAUUCCACCGCCGCCGCCACCAGCCUCCGCGGCACACCGGAGUUCAUUCAAUUCGCGAUGCAUGCGGCGAAGGAAGCGCUUGAUAUGUCGGGCUGGAGAGCUGAGACGGAAAGGGAGAGGGACAGGGCAGGCGUAGCGAUCGGCUCGGGAAUUGGCUCUCUGGAGGAUGUGGCGGACUGCUACCGCACCCUGGAGGGCCGAGGCUACCGUAGGCUGACCCCUCACUUCAUUCCUCGGAUCUUGAUCAACUUGGCGGCAGGGCACGUGGCCAUCGAGCACGGCUUGAAGGGACCCAACCACGCCGUCGCCACCGCGUGUGCAACGGGUGCCCACGCGAUCGGGGACGCGUUUCGCUUCGUCAAGCACGGUGAUGCAGACGUGAUGGUGUGCGGAGGUAGCGAAGGCUCCGUUCACGAGCCGGCCCUGGCCGGCUUCGCCAGGAUGAACGCCCUAUCCACAAGGUUCAACGAAGACCCAGAGAGGGCGUCACGGCCGUUCGACAAGGACAGGGAUGGCUUCGUGUUAGCAGGCAAGGGCGCAGCCGUCCUCGUCUUGGAAGAGAUGGAGCACGCGCGAGAUAGGGGAGCCAACAUUAUCGCUGAGGUUCGAGGUUAUGGUUUGGCCGGCGACGCUCACCACAUUGCCGCGCCGACAGAAGAUGGGGAUGGCCCGAGGCGGGCAAUGCUUUCCGCCGUAGAGGAAUCGGGGCUCUCGCCGGAAUCUGUCGGGUACGUUAACGCCCACGCGACUUCCACGCCGCUGGGAGACGCCGCCGAAGGGCGUGCGAUCGAACGAGUCUUCGGGAAGAGGCAGUCGUUGUUGGUUUCGUCGACUAAGGGGGCAACGGGUCAUCUCCUCGGUGCUGCUGGGUCCCUGGAGGCUGCGUUCUCGAUUCUCGCUCUAAGGGACGGUGUUGUGCCUCACACUCUUAACCUCGCGACGCCGGACCCGACGUUCGGAUUCACAAUGGUCAAGGGUGCACCGGCGAAGAUGGACGACUUGGACGCUGUAAUGAGUAACUCUUUCGGGUUUGGCGGCACCAAUGUCUCCUUGCUGUUCUCGCGCGUGUAACGCGACCAAGCGAGACCUUGUCGCUGUUCGCGAUGAUUCGAUAAGAGAAUUGGAGAGGGUUCGGAGUUUGGAGGAAGGGGAGGGAAGGAACCAGUGGUCAAGACUUGUUGUGCCUUGUUUUGCAACCGAAACAUGUGCAUACCGGUAUUGUUUUGUGCCUGGCGUACGGAUGGGGCUGUUUGUCUUGGUUGGAUCGCAAGGUCAUCUGAUGGUUGUCGUGAUGAUAUCUCCCAUCUUUUAGUUUCGUGUUCGCCUUGGCUUUGUGUCGAACUGUUAGUGAUUGCCUUUUGCUUUGAUUCCCUCCUGGAGGAACUUCAUGGCUGACUGCAGAAAAAGAGCCCGGAGUUUGAAGUGAACCAAUACGAUUUGACGGUGUAUCGGAAUUGUGGGAACCUCACGCAUGUGUUUUGUGAGCACCUAACGCAUGUGUUUGACGAGGAAACGGUGUGUAUGCUGGCUUUCUUCGAAUCAGAGAGCGUUCCUGGCUUGGGGCUCUGCUUGUUGUGGAAGCAGGGUAAUUAGGGGCGACUCCGCCUUUGGUCGGUCCGAGUGAUAGCGCUUACCUAGCCCAUGUCCCCGACAUAAUUCUACCGCCUCAGGUUUUCGAAACGAAAAGGGUGUCGUAGCCGUGGUCCCAGUCUUAUUCACGGUCAUUCGGUACUACAAG